CCAUCCAGUGCCCCCGGGUUUUCAAUGGUGGUCUAACAUCUCAAUUUAAAAAUUUUGUUUCGUUUUUCUGUGGUGUUGAAUAAAUUUACUUAGUGAAUGAUUCAUUUUCCACUAUUUUUUUAAUAAUAAGAACAAACUUUCUUGCAGUAUUCCACUGACAAUCAUUUUUGAUGAAGAUGUAAUCUUUUGCGUUUCUUUAAACCUAUUUUUACAUUGCUACAUAUUUCUAAACUAUGCAGGAUACAGACUCAUUUACCGAACUAAUUUUCUAUGUAUAUCCGUACAAAUCAUUUUGAAUUCCUUUGAUUUGUGGAACUCAAAGCUGUUUAUUGCGAAACAUUUAACACACUGUCAUGUUUUUAUUCAGUCAUAAUGAAAUUGAUGGUGUUUGAGGUAUUUCUAGUGAUCUUGUUAUUGUAUAGUAAAAAAGGUAGUUGGCAAAAUCUGCAAUAUAGAAGAUAAUUAAAUUAUCUGAUAGCAGAUUUUAAAGGGAGCUAUAUUACUUUUCUAAAUUAUUGUAUAGUUGAAAUAAUAUUCGACAAACUGUAUGUUGUAUUGUAUUACCAUAAAAGAUCAUGUGAUACAAAUAAUAAUAAUAAUCUGAUCUGAUCUGGUGUUAUCUGGAAGAAUUGAUCACGAAAAGGUCAAUUAAUAUUGGCUGACCUAAUAAACAACAUAAUCCUUGAUAGAAUUUCAGUGUCGAUGACUCAUGAGCGUGUUUAUCAAAGACUAGGAUUAGAUGUGAAAGUGUAAGUUUAUUCUAGGGUCCCACAUGGGAAUGAAUAAUAAAGUUAUAAUUCAUAAAGCGAUAUUAAUCUAAAAUAAAUGAAUGUUGAAAUGUUACAGUUAAGAGAUGUAUUUUCGCAUAUGAUGAAUGUAUUAGGGUGUAACAGAGGCGAUGUUAUUUCCUAGAUAUCUAAGAAAUAUAUUUAUACUGUACACCAUUUUAUUCAGUUGAACGUUUCAUUUAUAAAUCAUAAAUCAUUAGUGUCAGUAUACAUUAGACUAUGUAAAAUAUUCUAAUUAUAAUAGUGUUUGUACUUGUCAGUUUGAGUGAAUAUUUAUCAUUUGAAUCAAUUGAUAAUAGUAAGAAUUCACGAAUGGUUGUUCAGUUUAUUAGUCAUAUUCAACAAAUUCGAGAUUAUCCAACUUGUUUAGAAGUGACAUGUUCCGUUGUAAUAAUUUAGAAUUUUGUUUAUUUGAGUAUGUGUAAAUCAUAAAAUUGUUUGUUAUAAUAUUGUUUAGCAUAUAACGGUAAUAGCACUCUGAAGAAAACCAUGUUCGUAUUAUCCGACAACAAUCGAAGAAAAUUAUCCUUUCUCUUUGAUCAAUAUGUGUAAGUGUUUCUGAACAUUUUAUGCGAUGCUUGUUGUGUUUAGGUCAUUGCAACUACCAAAAUAAUGUUUAGUGUAGUGAGAAGAAAGUUUUUUAAUUAUUAGCUUUAUGUAGCUAGAUUUUUAUCUAGAUCAUAUCGAUAUAGAAAUGAAAUUUAAAUGUGGUGACUGGAAUAGUUUAUUAACUUUAGAACCCUUCAAGAAGAAUGAUUUGCUGUUGCUUUAUAGGGUAUUUUAUGUCCCUAAGGAUGUUUUGAGUACUCGUCGGUUCGUGGGAAGUGUUUAGAAAUUUGAUAAAAUUUGAAUAUAUUCCAUGCAAUUAGCAGUUUAUAGAACCUGUCAAAAGAAUUAUUGAAAACGAAUAUGUGUCAAGGUCUUAUUCGAUACUUACCGAUUUUCAUUCUGACUUGUUUUCUUGAGCUUAUACUAUCUCGAGGUUUCAUGCAAAUCUGAAGAAACUCUAUUUUUUAUCGAACUUAUUAACUUUUAAAGUAAAACUUUUUUCGUAACUAUCAUCCUUUGUUUUCUGUUGGAAGUUUGAGAAUUGAAGGUUUCUGUGAUUCACGACACUUUUCGAGAAGUUUGUAUAUAGGCGUUUAUGCACUAAAAGUACUAAUAAGAAUGUGAAAAUUCUCGAAACAAUUUCAAGAGUAGGAUAAUUUGACAAUGUUAUUUCGGAGUUGUUUUGAUCUCUGACGUGGAUGUAUUACUUGUGAAAAGAAGCACAUGGUGAUGAUUUUGUUCGGAAGAACAAUGAAAGCUGAAUGACCAAUCCAUCCAGCUCAGAGAUCGCAUAAUUCCCAUCAUCCUCAUUCUGAUAUAAAUAUUCCCCAUGAUAAUGUAGUACGAUCAUUCAAUUUAGUGAGUUUAUGGUAAUCCAUAAAUUGAUUGGCGAUAUAAAUAAUUUUUUUUGCUAUUCGGCAUGCUUGGCUAUAUCUUUCAUAAUCAUUAUACUGUUAAGAACGGGAUAUCAAGCUUUCGGUUUAUCUGCAUAAAUUGAUAAUAAAUCUACUCUUACAUUAAAAUUACCAAUUUUUAUACAUUAGCUUUUGAAGAUUCUUUGAGUUUCGGGAGUUUUUGCGAUCUUUCAUGAAGUCAGGAUCAAUUUCUGUCAGUGAACUACAUGUAGAACUCUCAAGUCUUGUUCAGAAAGAACCACUAUCUUCUCGUCGCCGUAAUUUACUUUAAAUUUUUUUGAUUUAUGACAAAUAUUAUAAAUCAUACCACAUUUCUUAUUAAUUCAUGUUAAACACUUUGAAUUAGCGAGCAUUAAUCAUCAUCACUUUGUCUAGUUUCCAUUGGUGAUUGAAAUCUAUCAAUCACAGUCUCAAUAUGGUUACAAAUGACUUACAUACUCAGUUUAGGGAUGAAUAAGUUGCAAAUAGUCGGUAGUAAGUCCAUAAUAUAUUUUUAAUACUGAUUGAUAUUUAUCACGGGUCCUGAUCACGGAGUUAUUUCACUCAUAGUCAUAGAUGUAGUAAUAAAAUUUAGAAAACGAACAUGUAGAUUAUUAUUUCGAGUUAUCCAAUACUUAAAAUUACAUUUUAAACGGCUGUUACUGUCCUUUCCUUAAUCAACUUGUUUGAAAUCAUGGAAAGUAGAUUUGUAGUUUUGAUGAAACUCGUGACUAACAUGAAAUAUAAAGUUAUUAUUAGGAAGAAGUAAUAACGUAACUGUAAAUUAGACACAUUUGUUGGUUAUAGCAGUUUAAUUUGAUAAUAUUUUAAAUAUUAUACAUAUCAAAAUGGGGGUUUGUGGAGAUUGUAGUAAUUUAAUAGUUGAAUUCAUGGGUUGACUUAAUUUAGAUCACCAUGAAAAACCUGGAAGCAUUGGACGGCCAUUUUCUCGUCCUCAGCAUGACCACACACUCAGGAUUUGUUAAUCGAUGUUCCAUUUAUUCUGAUUUCUCUACUGAUCACUAUGAGUAAAACACUUAAAACUCAGUCUAUUCAGAUAUAAUUCUGAUCUAUUUUUGGUCAAUAAUAAAUAAUCCUUACUCUCUUUCUUAUGUCAUGUAAAUCACAAGUUCUUGUUGCAAAUAUCCGUUUUUCUAGGUUAUAAAACUUAAGUUUAUCACUGUGUUAAUAAGUUUUAUCGCAAAUAUAUUAGCAUUGUGAACGUUUUUCACAAAUUAUAAAGUCUGAAAAUGUCGAAUCACGUAGCUAAUUGACCACGUUAACUAAAUCAAUUUCAAUCAAUAUUUUUUUAAAUUCUCGUGAUCGAUCUAAACACAUGCUUCAUAGUAGUGAAAUUCGAACUAAAAUUAUUAUUAUUUUUGUAUAUAACAAAACUUUUAUUCUCAUUCAUUGUUGACAUGAUUUACUGUAUAUUUUGCUUUUGUCAAUUUCAGCUAUAUACUCAUCAAUAAUCACUAAGUUUAGAUUUAUCAAUGAAUGAUAACGUAAAUUGUUCAAAUUUGGAUAAUUAUUCAAUAAUACCUGCUAUUUUAAUUGAAGACUAUUGUGAUUCACAAGCACUGCAUGGAAAUUCCGGUGAACGAACUCCAAUAAGUAGUCAUGUUGGAUCAAUAACAAGUGAUGAAUUAAGUGUAACAAGUAGUCAAACAAGUCAAAAACAAAAAUCGCAUUUAUCUGGUCGUAAACUACGUUUAAGAUUACAGGCUUUAUUGCGAUCAAAAACAGAUAAACAACAAUUAAAACAACAGUUUAAUGAAAAAAAUGACAAUAAUACCAAUGAAAUGAUCACUGGUUCAUCUGCAUAUACAAGUAAACACUUAGGAACUGAUGUUUAUGAUGGUGCAAAAUCAAUAAAUUAUGAUGCAAUACCACCAGUGCCAAAAUUUCAUGAAACCAGUCCUGAGCACAAUUCUGAAAAUGUAUUUAAAUAUAGUAAUAGGGCUGAUGAUCAGAAUGAAACUGAAGAAGUUGUUGAACAUGAAAGGAAGGAAGAUGGAGAAUCAUCAAUAUCGUUGUCUUAUUCUGAUAAAUAUAAGAUGAAAAAUAUUUAUCAGACUCAACCAAAACAUCAUGCUGAUCCGUUAUAUGAAAAACAUCAUGUUAUUUUAGAAGAAAAAGCACUAAUGAAUACUGCAAAUAACUUUUCUACUGGAGGACAUCAUGGUCAUCAUCAUCAUCAUCACCACCACCAUCAUCAUCAUCAUAAAACGCGAUCAAAUAAAAAUUCACCAUCGAAUUCACUAAACGUUUUACAGAAUGACAAUUCUACUUCCUCUACAAGUAAAAAAACAACUGAGAAAAAUAAUUCGAAGUUUCUGUUCGUAAAUCUGGGAAAUUCAGAGUUCAUUUGUCAUGUUACAUAGAUAACGAAUUCAUAGUAAUUUGUACAAUACAGUUUUAUCGUUUUAUUUAGUUAUUGUAAUUGUGAACUGUAAAUGUCAUAAAUCUGUUACAACUUGUGGCCUUGUGCUCUAUUGAUAUAUGACGCAAUGAUUUCACCAAUUAGUGAGCAGUGAUUUAUCGACUGGACUAAUGACGCGUAAACCCGUACGAGCUAUCUAGAGUCCUUAUCAGUUCUUUUUCCUAACUAGCCCUGACUGUUAAGUCUAGAACGACAAUCUCAGCCUUCGCGAUAUGAAUCAUGUAUUCCAAACAUACUGGGUUUAUAUACAAACCGAACAGACCACAUCGUAGCAUAAAAUGGAAAAUAACAUUUGCACAAGAUCAAGCCGACAGUGGCUGUGAAUGCGAGAGACUGUAAUUGAUAGACUGAACAUAACUCAAGAACGAUAAAUCGCAUAAUAACAGUCUGUGGGUCAAAAUAAAGCUCGUAAUAAGUGGAGUAUAGAUAUAUUCGAUCUAGCUACUGAAUAGUUAUACAUUAAGAAUAUAUGUAUAAUAUUUAUUCAUAAAUAGUUCUGAAAAGUUACCUUUCUUAAUUCCCCCCAGGAUAUAACAAAAUCAUAGUAGCUUGCCAUCACACAAGCUUGUGUACGUUCAAAUUAAUUAAAAGCUUUAUGUAACCUAUUUGAUAGAUAAUGUGUUAUUUUGGUAUAAUUUGUCUAUCAUUUUAUAGGGAUCUUUAUUUUUGUAUAAUUGAGUACAUCUCAUUGAAUGCACGCUUCAACCGAAACAAUUAUUUUUCUUACUCUCUAAAGUACGAACUGCUUAAACGUUUUACGACUCAUUCGAGUGUACAUAUCUAUCUUUGAGCCUAGGGAUUAGGUUAUACGACAUUCAUUUUUAUUCAGUCAUUGAUUAGUACUAGAAACUCAGUGUUGCCUUUUGCAUAACUCAUUGAUAAUAUCCAUAUUUGUAGCAUUCAAUGAAACUGAUUCAAAAUAAUGAACAAGCACUAUAAUUCCAAUUAUUAUUUACUUGAUGGAUUUUAACAUCAACAAUUACCAAUUAAUUUUCGACAAAUUAAAUAAUUCUUAGAUGGGAUUCUCUAAGUGAUGUAAAUAUCAAGAAAGAUUAUUCUUAAACAUUGAGAUAACUUUAUUAUAACGAAUAUGAUUUUCUAUGAACAAGAAAAAUUAUAAGCAAAACUAGAUAGUGGCUAGCAAUAGAAUCCAAGACGCAUGUUUUGUCUUAUUUAGAACUCGUCAGCUGGAUGUACUUACAUCUCAAAACUCAUAGGAUGCACAUAUACCAAUAUAAAACUGAUCAAUUACAGUCCAAAAUAACAAUGGGAAGAUACAAGUUUGCUAGGUUUUAAACUAUCACGAGUUCACUUAAUCUGCGAACGAAAACAAAGACCCAGUGACCAAAGACCAGUAAGUUAGCCUUUUGAUGCGUCCCAGCCCCGCUAACUAGAGGGAGAAGUUCAGGCUUGGAAUGGGAAGUAUAUUCUGCAAAACAGACAGAAACGAGCGAUAACAACAAACACAAUUCAAAACGUAUAUAUAUAGUGCAAAACCGUCUUUGGGGAGAGUUAUCAAAUAGCAUACUAAAAGACGCAACAAACCAAUAGCAUUUAAGAUAUUUCCCAGUGGGAAAUACGACAUGAAGGUGACAAGAGCACCUUUGGCGAGAAAACAAAGAAAUUCAAAUUUUCUAAAUAAAAUUACAAAAUCAAGUCCUUCUUCAAGUGAGUUCUGGGGAUCGAACGUCUCCAACAAAAUUAAAUAACAUCAAGUGAAUUUGUAAAAAAAAUUAUAGUUUGUAAAUUUGCAAUGCAAAUUAUACAUAAACAAUUGUAUUAAAAGUAAUGUAUGUAUAUGACCUUAAAUAGAUAAGAUUAAUCAUGAUAAUGAUGGGUAACUAACAUAAAUAGAAAGGAGAAAAUUUGUUAACUUAAUUUAUAUCUUUCCAUGAUACAGUUUUUUUUCUGUUUUUUUUUUAAUUUAAUGUGAAAUGUUUACUUAUUUAUUGAUUUUAAAAUGAAAUCAUGUUUCGUUUUCUAUUUCUCACAUUAAAAUUUAUUUUAUUUUUUGUACUUUUUCUUUCUACUAUUUAACCUCAAUGUAAUUUGAUUUUGUUGUUAAUUGAGAUUUGAAUAGAAACAAAUGAAAAAAAAUUUAUUUUUUAAUUAACAUGUUUAUUUAAUUUUGUUAAGAUGAAACUGAUGAAAUUAAUUUUCUCAAGAUUUACUUAUCUGAAUAAAUCAUUUAUUGAAUAAAUUGUAUAUAUAUAUGCCAUGAUAAUUUAUUUUUCACCAGCUAUGUAAUUUAUCUUAUUAAAUAGUGUUUGAUUCUCAUAUAAGUUUAUUGCCUAGCAUUUAGCUUCGUUCUACUUCAUGGUUUUGAAAUGUGAUCUUUCAAUAUACUUGUAUAUUUUGGGAUCACUGAGUAAGCAUAAGUUACUAGGUAAAUAUAGAAAAUUGAUUGAUGUGAUAGUGAAUGUUUAUUGACUGAAAUGGUUAGGAUAUAUGUUACGUAUGCCUGACUACUGUCUACCUCGAUGAUCAAUAUUGUCUGGUGUAGGAGUAGGUUGAAAUAAUUUGGGGAGUAGCCAAAUCAAGAUAUAGCCUUAGGUUAUGAAGUCACUGUGUUGUGCCGGAAAAAAAAGAAAAAUGCUGAUCAUUUAUACUCGUAACGAGGGACCUCGGCAAUUCCCACGAUGCGAAAGUAAGAACACAAGACUGGUAUAAGUGAAGAUUUAUUAGCCCAAACACUAUGACAACGAUGAAUCGAAUAUAGUCUAAAAUACACUGGUUUAUAUAUUGAUUGUACACCCACUUUGAUUAAUAAUUAGGAUUAGAUCACAUACUCAGUUAUAACAAAUCACUUACUGAGCAUAGUUCAUGUCGAGUGAAUUCAAGAAUAUCGUAUAUUAUACAGAAAAAAAUAUUAUACUGGAAAAACAAUCAAAUACUACACUGAAUGAUUCUCGUGUUAAAUGAAAACGGAUGUAAUAUUGAAUAUAACUCAUGAUGAGUAAUUCAGUCGAAAAUUGACUUUUCUUUCCAUCAUAUCAAGUAAUAAAUAAUCUACUGGGUAUAACUCGGGUCCUAACACACUGAUAAUUGGAUCAUGUCAUGUUAUGCUAAAUAGUUGGGGUCUGCAUAAUUAUUGUAACCAAUGGUUAGAGACUCUGGAUGACAUGGAUUAUAAUAGUUCGUUAUGGUCUACGUUUACUCACUCUUUAUCUUUUUUUAAAAACUUAAGUCUUGAAGUUUUCUGUACCUUUUUUCGCUUUUUCUAUACAUAAACUUUCCUACUACUAUUAAUCAUGUUACUCCUUCUACUAUUCUGGGACUUGUCUUGAAAUAUUUUUAUCUUUGUUUGCUAGUGUAGUAUGACAACUUGGAUCAACACAAGUGUGUUUCAGAUUCUAUAUUGCACAUGAAUGACUAUAUGUAUAUAUACUGAAUGAAUAGGCCAAAAAUUGAUCAUGUUUGAUUGUAUACGUACUUUUAAUUCAAAAGCAUAUACAAUUGACUAGGUUUGUUUAUGUACAGAUUCAUAAUUAAUGAUUUUAUGCAAACUAGAUAGAAUAAAGGCCAGUAAUAAUGACCGUAGGACUUCCCUGGCAGAGGCUAUAUACGCGUGGCCAUGUGAGUGCGUCUCGAGAGGGAGAGCGGACUCACCCCACUCUCGGCCGUACCAGGGCAUUUGGGAGCCAAAUCAUGAUAAUAAGACUAGUAUACUCAAUUUCUUUCUGAAGUACAUGAAAAUUAUCAGUUUAACAAUUAUUGAGGUUAUAUUUAUCUACGCCUCUUGCUCCCGUUAUAAGAACAUAGACUAUUUACCAGAAUAAUUAUUG